AUGUCGGAGGAAGAAGAGGCGAUCGUUGAGGCUGAAGAGAUCAUCCGGUGCCAGAGGAUCUUUGUGAACCAUUUGGACUCUUACAGCGGCCGCAACAUCGGGAAAUACUUGUCCUCCUGUAUUGUUGGAGCAUCUCUGGAAGAAGUAGCAGAGGAAGAGGAAGAAGAAGAUGAAGCUAGAUCAGCUGUUGAACUUUCACCUGCUAAACCAAAGGAAGGAAUAUACCAAAUAGUGGGAACUGUUUCUCAGGCAGAGAGUGGGAAGCCAGAUUUUGCUCAGGAAAUAUAUACUACGUCUUCUCGAGAUGAGCUGCUAGCUCGCAUGACAGAGUGUGAUGUCAUUAUUUAUAACAUCACUGAAGAUGAAAGCCAGAUUGAAGAAGCAACCUGGGCAGCUACAGCACUACAUGAAGUGAUGGCACAAUUUGAGAAACAGAAAGUGUUCAUUCUGCUAUCAACAAUCAUGACCUGGGCACGAAGCAAGCCUCUCGACCCGGAUGAUCCAGAGAUACCUUUCACAGAAGAAGACUAUCGCCGAAGGAAACCUCACCCUAACUUUAUGGAACAUACCAAUGCCGAAAAAGUUAUUCUCAAACUUGGGAAACCCAACAAAAACAGAUUUGCUACCUAUGUUGUCGCUUCCGGUGUUCAAUAUGGAAUGGAAGAAAGAAUUCUGCACUACUUCUUUAAGCUGUCUUGGCUCGGUGAGACUCCUGCAAUACCGUUUUUUGGUGAUGGAAAAAAUUUUGUCCCAACCAUUCACGUUCUUGACUUAGCAGCAGUGUUACAGAAUAUAGCGGACCACAGGCCAAGAGUUCAUUACCUGGUUGCGGUGGAUGAAUCGAUACAGACGCUGAGUGAAAUCGUCAAGUGCAUCAGCAGAAACCUUGGCCCAGGGAAAACGCAGAAGGUCCCAAAAGAAAAUGCUUUCCUAUGUAAAGAUUUAACACAACCACAGUUGGAUGAACUACUUGUGAAUCUGCGAAUGGAAGCUGUGUUUUUGAAAGAGAAUUUCAACAUUAAGUGGGUCGCUCAGAAUGGACUGGUGGAGAGUAUUGAUCAAGUUAUUGUGGAGUACAAGCAAAGUCGAGGGUUACUGCCAGUCAAAAUUUGUGUACUUGGUCCUCCAGGAGUAGGGAAAACAUCCGUUUCAGCAAAGCUGUGCAAACACUAUAAGCUGCACCACAUUAUGAUAAAAGACGUGAUCACCAAAGCCAUUGAAAAUCUGGAGAAAAUUGUUGCUCCUAAAGAAGUGGAAUCCAUUGAGAUGGAAGAGGAGGAAGAGGAGGAAGAAGAGGGAGAAGAAGAAGAAGGAGAUAAUGUCGAAGAAGCACAGGAAUUAUUAGACGCAGUUAAAGAAAACAUGGAGCAAAAUGGAGGUCGUCUGGAUGACAGCUAUGUAAUUAAAUUCAUGAAGGAGAUGCUGACGUCUAUGCCAUGUAAGAAUCAAGGGUAUGUUUUGGAUGGGUUUCCAAAGACCUAUGACCAGGCAAAGGAUCUUUUUAACAUUGAAGAGGAAGAAGAAGAGGAUGACAUGAGAGGCAAGGUGCAUCGCUAUGACAAAUUAAUAAUUCCUGACCAUAUUGUCUUCUUGAGUGCCCCUGAAGAUUUCCUCAAGAACCGGAUAAUGAAUCUUCCCGAAAUUGUGGUAGCCGGGACCCAUUAUGCUCAAGACCGGUACUUGAGAGCCCUGAGCGUUUUCCGGGAGAUAAACGCUGAAGAUGAAACUGUCCUCAACUAUUUUGACGAACUCGAAAUACACCCGCUGAAUAUUGACGUACCUAAGUUUGAGGAUGCGGAAAACAGACUUAUAGUGAAGGAAAUCACCAAGAGCGUUGGCGACCCUCGAAAUUACGGUUUGACAGAUGAAGAAAGGGAAGAACUUGAACGGAAACAAGCUGAAGAACGUCUGAUCAGGGAGGCACAAGAAAAAGCUGAACUGGAGCGCAAGGAAUCUGAGGAAAGGGCUCAGAAGCUGACAAACUGGGAAGACUGGAAUAAACGUUUGGAGGAGGUGAAGCGGCAGGAACAGGAGCUGCUGGAGGCUCAGUCCAUUCCCUUGAGAAACUAUCUGAUGAAGCACGUCAUGCCCACGCUGAUGCAGGGGCUGAACGUCUGCUGCAUGGUCAGGCCAGAUGACCCCGUGGAUUUUCUGGCAGAAUAUCUUUUCAAGAAUAAUCCUGAAUUUGAAUAA